GGACAAUCAUACUAGACAAAUACAAGAUGCUGUUUCAAAUGUGGAAAAACAUUUUGGUGAAUUGUGCCAAAUAUUUGCUGGAUAUGUACGUAAAACUGCCAGACUACGAGACAAAGCAGAUCUUCUGGUAAAUGAAAUGCGUGCAUAUGCAGCCACAGAGACACCAAACUUAAAAGCUGGACUGGAAAACUUUGCAGAUGAAUUUGCCAGACUGCAGGAUUAUCGCCAGGCAGAGGUUGACAGGCUUGAAGCCAAGGUUGUUGAACCUCUGAAAUGUUAUGGGAACAUAGUGAAACUUAAAAGGGAUGACCUGAAGAUACACAAAAAACUGAGGUCUUGUCAUUCACUGUAUUCUACAAACGGUAUAUAUAAGGGUUUGAAAUAUCCCCACAAAAUACCUGUGAAUUUCUUUCCUCCAGGAGGG